CCUGCACAUAAAUGACUCUCCAUACCUCAGUCCCAACGGUGGGCUGUGCCCCCGAGUGAGCCGACUCGGGUGGCGGACCGCCGUACUUCCUCUGGCCUGUAGUGACAUCAAGUGUGUAACCAGUCCUCUCCAGCAAUGCCUGUUGAUAGAGAGUGACGUAGAGGGAUUAUUUAGUAGGUCAUCGUGGACGGUGAGACAGAUGAAAGAUAAGGUUGUCAGGUUUCACUUAAUCCAGGAAGUGGUGGAAAACAGUGGCAGACAGGUAUAAAACAGAUGGAGAAAGGCAGGACAUCAUCAGAAAGUCAUCCUGAGCAGAGAUACUCCAAAGGGAAGACUUCAACGCUGACAAUGAUAGCCGCUGCAGCCUUGAUGGGAUCGGUGAAAUCCGUCGGACCAAUUCUUCUCCUGUUGUCAUCUCUUAUGUACAUGGCCGAUUCUUAUAACGACUUGGACUUCUCGCACGUCGGAUGUGAGGAGUGCUCGCUAAAACCGAGCGGGCUUUUCAAGGGGGUCUAUCAGUGUAAGGGCUGCUGCUUCUCCAAGGCUUAUCCGACACCUCUGGAUAAAAAGAUGCAAAUGUUGAACCCAAAGAAUAUCACCUCAGAGGCAGCGUGCUGCAUUGCGAGCAAGAGCCACGAGGUUGUUGUGAGUGGCCUUAUGCUGAGAAACCACACCGAGUGCACCUGCGGCACCUGCAUAUAUCACAAGAGCUGACCGAUGGCAGCUAGAGAUGAGUGAGCCAAUGUUGCUUUGUAAUCGUGUCUUGUUUUCAUUAUGCCCCAGCUUUAUUACACUAUUUAGGAAGGCUUACUCCUGGGAUCCCACUGCUAGUCAUAUUUUGCUCAAAGUUCUUUUGUGAUGUGAUGUGUGUUUGCAACUUUGAUAAAUUGAUAAAUAUUCUUUAGUGUGUUGUGUAUUAUUUUAGUAUAGCAUCUUUAAAUUGUAGUGAUUGAAUUUGGCAAAU